UAUAUAAGUGUGUAAGGAACCCAGGCUGCAUCAUUGAUCAUUGCUUUCCCCGAAGAAUGAUAUUUCUUCUUUUUCCUACUUCGUGGUUAGUGGUUGGUUUGUUGGGUGUGAAGAACAAAUGCCGAUAAAAAAGUUUAUUAAUUAUAGUGGUAGAGACUGGAAGAGAAAGCAAUGACUGGAAAUUGCUUCGGUGCCACGAAUUGGUGUAAACCUAAACGGAGGAAUUAUCCUAAUGAUCAGUCACGCGAACAAGUGAUAUCAACUAAAAGAUUUAGUUAUAAUUCUUUGAGAUCAGCAACAGGAGACUUUCAUCCAUCCAACAGAAUUGGUAGAGGAGGUUAUGGAGUUGUCUACAAGGGAGUCUUAAGGGAUGGAACUCAAGUUGCUAUCAAAUCUCUUUCUGUGGAAUCUAAACAAGGGACAAGAGAAUUCAUGACAGAGAUUGAUAUGAUCUCAAACAUAAGGCAUCCAAACCUUGUUCAACUAGUUGGCUGCUGUAUUGAGGAUAACCAUCGCAUAUUGGUCUAUGAAUUUCUGGAAAACAAUAGCCUUGCAAGCUCUUUGCUUGGUUCUCAAAAUAAAUGUGUUGCUCUAGAUUGGCCAAAGAGGGCUUCCAUUUGCCGUGGUACAGCUUCUGCUCUUGCAUUUCUUCACGAUGAGGUUCAGCCUAAUAUCGUUCAUAGAGAUAUCAAAGCUAGCAACAUACUGCUUGAUGAGAACUUCAAUCCCAAAAUAGGGGACUUUGGCCUUGCGAAGCUUUUUCCUGACAAUGUCACCCAUCUUAGUACGCGAGUGGCUGGAACUGUGGGAUAUCUUGCACCAGAAUAUUCACUUCUAGGACAGCUUACGAAAAAGGCAGAUGUAUACAGUUUUGGCGUCCUCAUGCUUGAAGUAAUUAGUGGUAGAAGCAGUAGCAAAGCUGCAUUUGGAGAAAAGCUUCUGGUUCUUGUGGAAUGGAUCUGGAAGCUGAAAGAAGAAAAUAAGCUUCUGGACAUUGUUGAUCCAGAACUAACUUGCUAUGAUGAGACUGAGGUCAUGCGUUUCAUUAAGGUUGCUCUGUUUUGUACCCAAGCAGCUGCUCAUCAUAGACCCACCAUGAAGCAAGUUGUGGAAAUGCUCUUCAAGGAAGUUCACCUUAAUGACAAGGCUUUGACAGGGCCUGAAGUUCAUAGGUGGCAUCAUGCCUCCAGAAAAGCUGUAAAUUUUUUGGAAGACACAUCAACUUCUCAAGUGGAUAAGUCUAAAAGACCUGAAAUUUCGCACAUAAGCUUGAACCAGUUUGGUCGUUCUGAUAUCAUGACAGAGAUGCUUCCUAGAUGAAUUUUCUACGGUUUUUACAAGCCAAUGACUAAUCCCUUUCGAGGCAGAGAGAUUACAGAAAUAGGUCUUGCCUCUUCCAACAAGGGUAUUUUCAUACCCUUGGUAUACAUCAAGAAUUAUGACAGAUGAAAAAGGCAUUAUGGUGUAUUAAAUUUAUUUGUAGCAAAUGGCUGACUCUUGGAUUGAUCACCUGUAUAUUCCCCAAACCUCAAGAACCGUCGAAUAAAUCAGAGCAUGGCAAGAUCGGCCAUUCUUUUGUUA